AUUAAGAACCGUUUCUUAAGCUAUAAAGCCGAAAACUUGUAAUUUUACGAUGAGGAUAUAAAGUGAGAGAUCGAUGUUUGUCAUGCAUUUCUGUUUGGUCUGCAACAUGAAUAAGAUUGGACGUGUCUUUGUUAUUUAUAUAUUAGUCGCAGCAGCAUCGGGAGCAGUGGAAUUGAAAUCAAAGGCCGCAACCAGCAGUAAAUCAGAGCAAGCCAGCAAAGCAAAGGUAUCAGCGACAGCUGCCAAGUCAUCACAACCUCAUCAUGUAUCAGCUCAUGCCUCCGUCAGCAAUGGAAUGGGAGUCGCGAGCAUUGCUGGAGUAGACUCCAGAUACGGCAGACUGUCUUCCAUGACCGGCGUCAAGUUCUACCCACCGAUGGACCCUUCCAUGGUCAAGACUGACAGCAAAGGAAACUUCAUCUUCAAAACGACUGAUGGCAAAAUGCCAAUGCCAAUUACGAUAACGAAACAAGGUGAUGGUGUAUCAGGAACCAUCAAAAUCAUGCCAGGAUCAGUUUCGGUAUCAUCAUCAGCGAAUUCUGGAUCAGCAUCAGCGUCAGCUGGACCUGCCAUACCAAAUAUCGAUCCAUGGUCAUUUAUGAAGCCGAUGAUGAUGAAUGACUUGUUCUUCCCUGAUCCGUUUCCAGCGUUCCCUAGUAUAGGGGGAUCAGCGUAUCAUACACGGAUUUCAGAGCCUGCGUACCAUAGGAUUCCUGAACCUUCAUUUCCAAGGAUUUCACAGCCAUCCUAUUCGAGGGUGCAGCAGCCUUCUUACUCGAGUCUAAGGCAGCCCUAUUCUUCAAGGACACCAGAUCCUUGGAAGGACAUGUUCAAGCAUACUCUGCCUCCUCAUGACAUCAUGAGUCCUAUGUGGUAUUAUCCUAACUUCAGUCCCUAUUUCAACUACUGGUAAUGAUUUUGGAAUAAAUUGAUAUAAGUCAUA